GAUUUAAAAAGCGAGACGGAUUCCGUGUGUAUGACAGUCACUGAGUGCGAAGCAUCGGGAGAACAUCUGUCUGUCUGUAGUCAGUCUGUCUCCAACACGCGUCUCCACUUUUUCUGAGGAUGCUACAGUUACCGCAGCUCCGCCAGGGCGUGAUCGCGCUUCUCAUUUGGUUCGCGCACUUGAUGGAACAGCAGAAAGUACAAGCCGGCAACUGCUGGCUUCAACAGGGCAAGAACGGGAGAUGCCAGCUUCUGUACAUGUCUGGGAUGAGUCGAGAAGAUUGUUGUAGAAGUGGUCGUCUGGGCACAGCGUGGACUGAGGAGGAUGUACCCAAUAACACGCUCUUCCGGUGGCUGAUCUUCAAUGGUGGUGCACCAAACUGCAUACCUUGUAAAGAGACUUGUGAUAAUGUGGACUGUGGUGCUGGAAAGAGGUGCAAAAUGAACAAGCGGAAUAAACCUCGCUGCGUGUGUGCCCCAGACUGCUCUAAUGUCACCUUUAAAGGGCCUGUGUGUGGUUCCGAUGGGAAAACGUACCGGAACGAGUGUGCACUCCUGAGGGCCAAGUGCAAGAGACACCCUGACCUGACUGCGCAGUACCAGGGAAAAUGCAAAAAGUCAUGCUAUGACGUGCGUUGUCCUGGAAGCUCAACGUGUGUACUAGACCAGACCAACAACGCCUACUGCGUGACCUGCAACCGGUUUUGCCCUGAGGUGACAUCACCGGAGCAGUACCUGUGUGGGAAUGACGGGAUCGUGUACGCCAGCGCCUGCCAUCUCCGAAGGGCCACUUGCAUCAUGGGACGCUCCAUCGGAGUAGCCUACGAGGGGAAAUGCAUAGACGCCAGGUCCUGUGAAGACAUCAACUGCCGUGAGGGACGAAAAUGUCUGUGGGAUAAGCAGACGAAACGGGGACGCUGUGCGGUGUGCGAGGACACCUGUCCCGAGAGUCGUCCAGGCGACAGCGUCUGCGCCAGCGACAACGUCACCUACCCGAGCGAAUGCGCAAUGAAGCAGGCCGCCUGCUCCUUGGGUCUCGUCCUGGAAGUCAAACACUCGGGCUCCUGCAACUCACUCUCAGAAGAGACGGAUGAAGAGGAGGAUGAUGAAGAUUACACGGAUUAUAGCCAUGUAUCUCUGUUACUGACUGGAUAAACCACCUUCAACAGCAAGACUCCAUUUAAGCACAGAGUCAUGUUCAUAUUGUACAUACAUGUACUCUUAUUUAUUUUCCACAGACAUGUGGAAGAUGCUUAUUGUUCUAGAUGUUUAUUUAUACAUUUUUGUCUUUUUAUUUAUACAUUUAUAGUCUGAAUAAAUGAACUGUCUACCGUC